AUGAGCAGCACAGCCACGACGGAUAAAGGAUCGGAGCUGCGUUCUUUCAUGGCCGGUGUAGGAUCAGGGUUGACCAAGAUGGCUGUCGGGCACCCCUUCGACACUGUCAAGACACGUCUGCAGUGUUCGCCACCGGGUGUAUUCAGCGGUCCUAUUGACUGCCUACGUAAGACGCUAGCUAAAGAGAAGAUACUCGCGCUUUACAAAGGCGGCCUCGCUCCUGCUAUUAGCUGGGGAUGCUCCGAUGCGCUCCUCAUGGGCAGUCUGCAUAAUUACCGCUUGCUCCUGCUUGAGAAUCGCUUGGCGUUUUUUACUGAGCGUCAACCGGACACAGAUACUGACUCACCCGACAAGAGGAGACUGACUUAUGCAGGCCAAGCACUCGCGGGUAUGGGCGCAGGAUGGACAAACGGCGUAGUAGCACAUCCCGCCGAGCUCGUCAAGGUGAGGCUGCAAAACCAACUCGAGCGCAACAAGAUCGACCGCAAGUAUUCAGGUCCGUGGCCGAUAGCGCGGGAGGUUUACCAUCAUUACGGAGUGAAGGGACUCUACAGAGGAUACACAGCCACUCUGCUCUUCAGAUCGCAGUUUGCGGUUCUAUUUUCUGGUUUCGAGCUCUGCAUGCGCCAGUUCGCUCGUCUUGAUACUCCCGUCAGUCUCGGGACUGCAUCUUUUAUUUCUGGCGGUGUGGCAGCGACGUUUUUCUGGACUGCUGCAUUACCAUUCGACAACAUAAAGAAGUGA